UGGUCCUUAGGGUGUCAGUCAGUAGGUCAGUGUGUCCGGGUAGGUCUACGUGGUGAGGAGUGGGACCCCUGUCGUGCACCAACACCAUGAUGGAUGACUAUCCGAUGUAUGGGGUGCUUGUUGGGUUCUCCCUCUGGGGGACCCUCUGGCGUCUCCUUUUUCCUCUGGGCUUAUGGCCCACUUUCACGUGUAGAGUAGGGCCCACUCGCGGUGGGACGUCCACCACCCCCUACACGAAGGAGGAGGAGGAGAAGAUGGCCGCCCUUCUACAGGAGAAGAAGGAGAAGAAGGAGGCCCAGAAGAGGGCCUUGAAGGAGGAGCAGGCGGCCAAACUGAAGAAGAUGGAAGAAGAAAUGGCCAGAGAGAAAGAGAGGUUGAAAAAAGAAGAAGAAGAGAAGUUGAAGGAGGUGGAUGAAAAAGAGGAAGGAUCGCCACUGCAAAGGAGUAGUGGGCAGCCCAGUAGUAAUACCGGUGGAAACCUGGAGAAGAGGAUCUCUGAAUGGGUUGCCAACCUGACUGUGGGAGAAGAGGAAGAGGUUAGUAUGUACAUCCCGCAGGAUCAGCAAGAAGCCGCCAUGAAGGCUUGGGAGGYAGAGAAAGACCCUCUGAAACGUCAAGCGUUGGAAGACCAGAAGAAGAUGGAAUGGAAAUUAGCGGUGAUGAGGGAGAAGAAGAGGAGAAUUGACAAGGCAGCGGAGGCGGCAGAGGCCUUAGAAGAGGUGAAGAACAUAGAGACGCAAUUAGCCUUCUAGCCCGAUCUCCCGAAUCAGAUGCGAGUCAUAGCGCGGAGCGUCGCAUGCCUGGCACGG